AUGACCAACAAGCAGCAAAUCCUCCGCUCUGAGGUUGUCCUCGAGAAGUAUGGCAAGGCACUUGCCGGAAAGACAGUGCUCAUCACCGGCGUUUCCGACAACUCCAUCGCAGGAGAACUUGCGCUCCAGCUUUCCACCGCCGACCCAAAACUACUCAUCCUGAGUGCCCGUGCUGAAUCAAAGGUGGCAGGCAUCAGAGAGAAAAUCAAGUCAUCCAAGCCGAACGUGGAGACUCGCUUCCUCAACCUGGACCUGAGUGACUUGACCGCCGUGCGAAACGCCGUCGGAGACCUAGCAGAUGUGCCUCACAUCGAUCACCUUGUAUGCGUGGCUGGAGUAAUGUUCCCGCCUUACACCAAGACAAAGGAUGGAUUUGAGAGCCAAUUUGGAGUCAACUAUCUAGCGAACUUCCUGCUCGUCAAAUUGCUCCUACCGAAGAUCCGUGCUGCGGGGCCCGAUUCGUCUGUGAUUAUCAUGACCUCGGGCAUGGCUAAACAAGGGAAGAUGAACUUCGAUGACUACAACUUUAGUGAUGGUCGGACAUAUGACCCUACGGUCGCGUAUGCCCAGUCGAACGCCGCGAGAGUCAUGUUUGCCAAAAGACUAGGCCAGAAGUUGAAGGGCGAGAAGAUCCGCGUUUUUAGUAUUGACCCUGGUGCUGUUCUAACCGGUCUGCAACGACACUGCCCUCCUGACUUUUUGGACCAGGUCGAAGAAUGGAAAAAGGCUGGAUCCCUGGUCGACAUCGAAGGAAAGCCUUUCGAAGUGCCCCCAUGGUCCACUGCCUCAGAGGGAGCCGCUGGCCUCAUCACAGGAAUGCUCGACCCUACCAUCGCAGGCUACAAUGGAUCAUACAUCAACCGGAACGCAGUCGCAGACGACGAAUUGCACGCGCACCUCAGCGACGAAGGCAAUUGGACUAAAUUGUGGGAACUCAGCGAAAAACUGACCCAGGAGAAGUUUUCGCUGUAA